AUGGCCCAGCCUGAUCCUUCCCGAUGGUCUGAUCACCUUCCCCUGGUGCUGUUGUCCCUCCGUUCCACUCUCAAGGCCGACAUCGGUUGCACUGCAGCUGAUCUUGUCUACGGAACCUCCUUACGACUGCCCGGUGAGUUAGUUUCUCCUUCAAACACGCUAACGUUUUUUGAACCUUGCAGUUAUGUGGAGCGACUACGUUGUGCCAUGCGCAAUCUCCGCGCAACGCCCCCUCGAGCGUCACCGGCCAAUUCCUUCAUCCCUUCCGACCUGGAUAAGUGCGAUUUCGUCUUGGUUCGGCAUGACGCUGUCCGACGACCACUCCAACCACCCCAUGACGGGCCGUAUAAAGUCCUUCGCCGAUCUGACAAAGAUGUUGUCAUCGAACGCAACGGCAAGACCGACACAGUCAGCAUUGAUCGCGUCAAGCCGGCCUACAGCGACGACAGUGACCAUUCCUCACCUCAACAACGCACCCCGCCUCAGACAGUGCGGCCUCCUCCACCUACUGGCGACAGCCACCCUCCGGUUCGCCACACACGAUUUGGUCGCCACGUCCACUGGCCCGACAGGUUUGUGGCUGGCUAG